AUGUUUUCACUUGAUAUAAUUCAAUAUGAAAUCGAACAUUUACCAGCAUUUGGUGCAUAUCAUAAUAAACAAUUAGUGAGUUGGUGUUUGACAAGAUUCGAUGGUUCUUUCGGAGCCGUAUUUACACUACCUGAAUUUCGUCGACUUGGUCUUGCAUCACUAGUAUCAGAAAUCAAAGCAUCUUCGGCAUCAUUUUAUCGUUGUUUUUAA